AGGCAUGCAUAAGUUGUUUACUCCCUGAGGUCAUAAUAGGUAAUCUUAUCUUUAUUUUUCAAGAGAUUCUCGUAAGGCCCGACAGCUUUAGUCUUGAAUUGGAGACUUUGGAGGGGUGCCAUGGAUUACUUGAAUAAGCUGGAUCGCCUUUUGACUGAAAACCUCGAUGAUGGCUCAAAUCCGGCCAAAAUCUUGGAUUCUGUUCUUUAUAAGCUCAAACCAUGGCAAAUCGUGACCAUCUCAUUGGUGUGUUGGAUAUCGUUACGACUUUUGAUCAAAAGCCUGAUUUGCAUCAAAAAUACCAAUUGGAAAGUGGCUCUUUUCCGAACCUUGAGGAAAAUACCCUUUGUUCAAAGAAAGAUUCAAGAGGAGCUUGACAAAACAGUGGGCGAAAUGGAAGUCGAGCUCAAGGAACAAAUUGGAGGCUUGGCCUACCAUCAAUCAUUACCCAAAGUCGGAUGGAAUAAAGAUCAAGUCCUAAAGGAGAUUGAAAAAAAUAUGGACCUGGGCAAGUUCAAGGCUGAAACCGGAGCGCUUUCGGGCACUUGUCACAAGCCUCCGAACAUGGAACGGGUCGAAACCAUGACCAGUGCCUACAAAUUGACGGCUUUUGCCAAUCCUUUGAAUCCGGAUGCCUUUCCGGGGAUCCGGAAAUUUGAAGCCGAGGUGGUGCGAAUGACACUGAAUUUGUUCCACGGAGAUGACAAAGCUUGUGGGACGAUGACGUCGGGUGGCACGGAGAGCUUGAUCAUGGCUUGCAAGGCUUAUCGAGGAUAUGGAAAGGCCAAAAGAGGAAUCACCAAGCCUAAUAUUGUCAUGUCGUCUAGCGGCCACGUGGGCUUUGACAAGGCCGGUCAUUUGAUGCACAUUGAUGUGCGUCAUGUUCCUAUGGAUCCCAAGACCAUGCACCCCGACUUGAAGAAGUUCCGCCAAGCCAUCGACUCAAACACGAUCAUGUUAGUUGCCUCGGCUCCUCAAUAUCCUCACGGGAUUAUGGAUCCCAUUGAAGACAUUGCCCAACUUGGGUUGGACUACAACAUCCCCGUUCACGUGGACGCCUGUUUGGGCGGCUUCCUGAUCACUUUUAUGGAGGAAGCCGGUUUUGAGAUCGGGAAAUUCGACUUCCAAGUCCCUGGCGUCACGAGCAUUUCCGCCGAUACCCACAAGUUCGGCUAUGCGCCCAAGGGUUCCAGUGUGAUCAUGUACAGGAGCAAGGAGUACAUUCAUUAUCAGUACUAUGUGUCUGCUGAUUGGACAGGUGGGAUCUUUGCCAGUCCCACUAUGGCGGGGUCCCGAUCGGGGGGUCUGAUUGCGGCCACCUGGGCUUGUAUGGUCAAUCAUGGCAUGGAUGGAUAUCGGGAAUCAACCCGAAAAGUGGUCUCCACUCUUCAAUUCAUCGUCAAAGAAAUUCGAUCAAUUAAGGGACUGAGGGUUUUGGGCGAUCCACGGUCAUGCAUCGUAGCGUUCACGUCCGACGAUUUUCACAUCUUUUCUCUAGCUGAUGCUAUGAAGGAAAAGGGAUGGCUUCUCUCAUGUCUUCAAUAUCCAACUUGUGUACAUCUGUACGUAAUUCCAAUGCACACUCAAGAGGGCGUGAAAGAGAACUUCCUGAAAGAGCUGAGGUCCGUAGCUGCCACCCUUCUGACCCGCCCCAAGGACACAAAAUUGGAGGGUCGAGCUGCCGUGUACGGCAUGGCGCAAACGCUCCCGGAUCGCGGUUUGGUGGACGAAAUGGCCCAACAGUUUUUGGAUACCCUCUACACCACUAAAAACUAAUGCCUAAGGGUUCGUCGAAAAUUUUUCAGUGUUUGAAAUGAUUUGAUUAUCACUCAUCAUCAUCCCCACUAUCCAUCCAUCAAAUUGAACGAUCUUAUCAACCACAAAAGUCAAAACGUAAAUCAUUCAUUCUCAUUAUCUCCUCCCGUCAAGUUCAGCCAGCCCUCAGUCAUUUCCUCGAGCUACUUGAGAAGUCACUACCUGUUCGCUCGCUCGCUACAUUGCCCCACCAUUCACGCUUGGACGCUUACCUCCCCCCCGCCUAGAUUUCCGCCCUCUCAUCUAAGUAACAUCACCUGAGGCGAACAGAUCCCAUGUGAAAGAGGCCCCGAGGGGAUAUUUUCUGCCCCUCGGGCGACAGAUCUUGCCAACCAUCUAUCCAUCAUUCGGAGGAUUUGUACACUUGUCAAAACUGAGCAAGCUGUCAGUGUCACUUUAAAAGCGAUUGAUCAAAAUGUUGGCCUGGACCACUCUUGCGUAUCUUGAGGUGGAUGAAUAUCGACCAGAAGUCAUUUGGAUCUUGCUCAAAGGGUGUCCUAAAGUUUAUUGGGUCGAGCUAAGUGACAAGAGGGUUUUCAACGUUCAAAUGUAUGAGGAGUUAAUGUGUAAGAAUGGACUGCAUCAGCUUGAAUGUCCAGAAUAGAGUCGUCUUUGUAACUCAUUUUGAUGUGGAAGCUGGAACCCCUCCCGACAUUAUUUGAUUGAUGGAUUUUCGGAUUCAAGAUCAUUAGCGAAGAUCAAGAUGGCAAUCUGAUUAGGAGACCCGCGAGGAUCAGCUAAGAAAGCGAUCGUACUUCAGUUCUACAUCAUACCAAUAGAAGAAAUCAACGCGCCGAUUUAGAGUUAAAGCUACAAGUUUAUUCACCGUGCAAUGCUUAAAAUAAGGUUGAAUCUAAAUUCCAAGACAUUAA